UGUAUGUAUUCUCUGCCGUCCAUUCAUCCUCUAGCUCUGCCAGUUAUUCCUCUAUAUACUGAGCUCUAUAUCUGUAUUUAUCUCUCUACAUAUCUGACUGUGGGAGCGGAACCUAAUUGAUCAGCUGCAGUUUCCAGUCGGCUUGUUGAUGUGAUUGUAGCUGCCCGGUUGCUAUAGCGACCGCCCGGCAGUGACGUUGGAAUUUGUUGACAGCGGAGUCUGGAGGAUGCCUUAAAUCUGCUGCCCUAAUGAUUCACGAAGGAUAGCUAAAUACGAAGGCAGCCAUCUAUUCAGGGGCCUUUUUUUAUUUUUUGUAUACUGAAGAACUCACUUCGGAGCAUCCAGCAAGAUGGCAUCCGACAGCCCAGACUCACUCAUGAGCAUUUGUACUGACUUCUGCCUCCGAAACUUAAAGGGAACCCUCUGCUACCUCCUAGACAAUGAAAUCCUACGCUUGCACCCAGACAUCUUCCUGCCAAGUGAGAUCUGUGACAGGCUUGUGAAUGAAUACAUUGAGUUGGUUAAUUCUGAUAGCAGCUUUGAGCCCCAUGAUAGCUUCUUCACCCUCUUCUCAGAGCCACAAAGCACACGGCUCACGCGCCUCCACCUGCGAGAAGACAUUGUUCAAGAUCAGGAUUUGGAAGCCAUAAGGAAACAAGACCUGGUUGAGCUCUACCUUACUAACUGUGAAAGGCUAACAGCCAAGAGCUUGCAGACACUGGCAAACUUCCGCCAAAGCCUUGUGUCCCUCAGUCUUUUUGGAUGCAGCAACAUAUUCUAUGAGGAGGAGAGCCUAGGGGGUUAUGAUGAGACUGACCGCCUAGUAAACCCUACGAGGCAGGUCCUAGUCAGGGACUUUACAUUCCAAGGAUUCCAGUCCCUGCGAUUCCUCAACCUGGGGUGCAUCGCCAAAGUGGUGGAUGUGGAGCUGAUGCUGCGCCCUCUCAUAUGCUUGAAAGCCCUGAACCUCUCUGGAAUCCAGCUGAAUGACAUUGGCUUCCUCACACAGUGGAAGGACAGUCUGGUGUCACUAGUCUUGUACAAUAUGGACCUGUCUGAGGAACACAUCCGGGUCAUAGUGCAGCUACACAAACUGAGGCAUCUGGAUAUCUCGCGGGAUAGGCUUUCUAGCUACUACAAGUUUAAGUUGACUCGCAAAGUUCUGAGUCUAUUUGUACAAAAUCUUGAGGAGCUUGUAUCAUUGGAUAUCUCUGGACACCUGACACUGGAGAAUUGUGCUGUCUCCAAAAUGGAUGACGAGCUCGGGCCUCCCAGCAACAACCCUGCAAAAAGCAGCAUCAGUCCUUUCCGAGCCCUUAAAAGGCCCCUGCAGUUCCUGGGUUUGUUUGAAACAUCUCUGUGCCGCCUGACACACAUCCCAGCCUACAAGGUGAGCGGGGACAAGAAUGAAGUGCAAGUGCUGAAUGCAAUAGAGGCCUACACUGAGCAUCGUCCAGAGAUUACCUCCCGUGCCAUCAAUCUGCUGUUUGACAUUGCCCGUAUUGAACGCUGUAACCAGCCCCUAAGAGCCCUGCAGUUGGUCAUCACCGCUCUGAAGUGUCACAAGUACGACAAAACCAUCCAGGUGACAGGGAGCGCUGCCCUAUUCUACCUAACCAAUUCCGACUACCGCAGUGAGCAAAGUGUCCGCCUACGUCAACAGGUCAUCCAAGUGGUGCUCAACGGCAUGGAGUCAUAUCAGGAAGUUACGGUGCAGAGAAACUGCUGCCUCACCCUGUGCAACUUCAGCAUCCCAGAAGAAUUAGAAUUUCAGUACCAAAGGGUUAAUGAAUUGCUGCUCAACAUACUGAUCCCUACGCGGCAGGACGAGUCCAUUCAGCGCAUCGCUGUGCAUCUCUGCAACGCCUUAGUCUGCCAGGUAGACAAUGACCAUAAAGAGGCCGUCGGCAAGAUGGGCUUUGUCAUGACAAUGCUUAAACUUAUACAGAAGAAGCUGCAGGAUAAAAUGUGCGAUCAGGUGAUGGAGUUUUCCUGGAGCGCCUUGUGGAAUAUCACCGACGAAACUCCCGACAACUGUGAGAUGUUCCUCAACUACAAUGGCAUGAAGCUGUUUUUGGAGUGCCUAAAAGAAUUCCCAGAAAAGCAAGAACUCCACAGGAACAUGCUGGGACUUCUGGGAAAUGUAGCGGAGGUACGUGAGCUCCGACCCCAGCUGAUGACAUCACAGUUCAUCACAGUUUUCAGUAACCUCCUGGACAGCAAAGCAGAUGGCAUAGAGGUGUCGUACAAUGCCUGCGGGGUGCUGUCUCACAUCAUGUUCGAUGGGCCCCAGGCCUGGUUCAUUGGUGAGCCGACCCGACAAGAGGUGGAAGAACGGAUGUGGAGCGCUAUCCGCAGCUGGGACAUCAGCUCGAGGAGGAAUAUCAACUACAGGUCUUUUGAACCAAUCCUGCGGCUCCUCCCUCAGAGUAUUUCCCCAGUCAGCCAGCACUGGGCAACCUGGGCCUUGUAUAACCUGGUGUCUGUAUACCCGGACAAAUACUGCCCCCUGCUGAUCAAAGAAGGAGGGCUACCUCUCCUGACAGAUUUGAUCAAUAUGCCUUCUGCUGAUGAGCAAACCAAGGACAUGGCAAGGAAAGUCCUUGAACUUUGCAGUAAUUAUAAUGAAGACACCAUGGACACGUCGUUAUAGGAAGAUGACAGACGUAAAAGCAAGGCCGCUUCACUUCCUCCUUCUCGGGGCGCAGAGGAGCCCUGUGUGUUCCAAUAGGAGAGGAGAUCUCUGUCAUAUCAUUUAUAUGUUGAUUUGGUCUAAAUACGAGUGUGAUUUUUCUGACGGGGGGAUAAAAAGAAAAACCUCAAGUAAUCUUUCCGGAAUGCUCUGGCAAUAAGGCACUUUAGGAGUUGGGCUGAGCCCCCUGUACAAGAUAACAUGGCAGACAGAGAAGUGGCCAAAGCCUUCUCUCUAAACAUUUUUCUAUCUAGUUGCCGUACAGCUCCUUGAUCACAAGGAUCAAGUGCAAGAGUGGGUUACAGAGCUAUAUGGACCCUGCAGUGAAAUCUGGCAACACUAAUGGACUCUAUGGUGUUUAACCAAUAGGAUUGGCUCAGCAGCAGAGUAAAGGUUGCCUACUGUGUUGUAAAGGUUACAUAUCCACCUUCAGGAAGACUAUAUGCUAAGCCGGACAAACUCAUCUGGAUUUUUACUCACGGUGGGGUAUAGCACCCACCACUAGGGGGCAGGACACUAGAAGAAAGACCUCCCUGAGCUGCUAUUCCCCCUGCAAACUGCAGGUAAGAGAUCAGUCUUUCUAGUGUCCUUAAGGGAACAGGAUCACAGCCAGUCCUUUACAAAGGCCUCUAUCUAUGACCAGCUCUUACGCCGGCACAAGAGCCCUCGCUAUUGAAGCCCCCUCAUCACAGGUUCACUGAGCUGGACUUCUGAGACUCGCCUUGGAAGGCAAUCACACAGCCACUUCUCCACCAAUCCAUGCUCUAUUAAUAGACUGGUGUGGGGCAAAUAAAUGUCCCAUAAAAAAUAUAUAUAUUCCUUUUCAGUGUGAUCUAUACGUAAUUCUGCCCAAGCAACUUGGGCACACACAAAUGGACUGGGACUGUGACCUAAUGGAGAUAUCACGAGGAGUCACAGGAGGAAGAGCUGAGCUGUCUCAACUGUAUCCUUUAGGAAUUAUAUUUUCUGGAAAGACUGCAGGGUGAAACCAGCCAUAAUUUGCCCAAUGGGCCGAGACAGUUCUGUAAUUUAAAAUUUCUUAUCAGUAUCACUGGCCAUGCCUUUGUCUGUUCUGUCAGUGCUGGAAAGACAGAGUCGUUUGGUGACUGAUGGUGCACUUUGAUCGAGGAUACGUCCUUUUCACACAGUCUGUAUCUAUUGGCUGGCGUAAUAGAAUGAUCACGUUCCUUAGUCCAUUUGCCAUCUGUAAGUAUGUAUAUGUGUAGUAUAUUAUUUCCUCCCCCCCUUUUUUUUUCUUUGUCUCAGAUAUAUCCACUGCCUGUCUCUUGUUUGGUUUAUCUCCUAUUUCAAGUAUAUUUCCAAGUGUUCCUAGCCCUUCUGCACCAGUCUUCCCUCACGUAUCAUGGCAGCAGCAUAGUCAUUAUGAUAACUAGGGUGGUCAUGGAGAAUGGGAAACCGAUGCAGGGGGGUGCCCCCAACCAUUAGGCAAGGGUCAGACGUGCAGCUUCUGGUGCAUAUAGAACACAGAGCUAGGCACCAAGGAAGACAUCAUGUGUGGCCCUUGCCUUAGAUAAAGGAACCCAAACCUGCAGCCCUCCAGCUGUUCUAGUUCAGCCAGUUGGCCGUAAGUUCCUAUGUUGGGCUGAUGCCCAACAGGGCGUGUUAGUUGCUCACGAUAAAUCUCUGCUAUAGUGGGCAACUAACUGCUCUGAAAUGCCUUUCCACCAGCAACAAUAGGUGGAAAAGCCUUCGCAACGCUUUAGAUUUUUAAAGCGUGAUGUUUCCUCCUGCAGGCAAUUUCAUAAAACCAAAGCGAUGCAAAGGCCUUUCCACUGCCAACUCCUAGUCACCCGCUAUAGCAGAGAUUUUUCGUGGGCUCCGUUGGACAUCAGCCAAAGACUGUCCCUUGAGAAAAGACCUUGUGCCUAAGAGGAAAUCAAAAUAAGAACAAAAAAAAAAUAUUUUUAGGGUGUUUUGUUUUCUGUCCUCUCUAGAUUCUUUAGGGGGUUGUGCACAUCCACUAGCAACACUGGCCUGGUUCUUAGCCAGUAGCAACUAGCUUUUUAUUUGCCUACUGCCAUUAGACUAAUGAAAUGAAAUAUUUGAUUGGUUACUGGGCAUUAGAGGGCUAGGGCAGCUUCAGUGUGUGGGCAUGGCCUGUUAUAUAGUGUUAUAAAAUGGCUUCUUUUAUUCCACGCCAUAUCCCCCAACCAUCAGCCUUUUAUUCAUGGAUCUCUAAAUUAUACUAAGCCCUUCCCCCCGAGAUCCUCCUUUUAUGGGUGUUAUUUUGUUUGCAUUUGAUCUCUGAAUAAGAUGUAAGACACGAGGCAAAGGGCAAGGUACAGUUCUGUUGUGCAUAAUGUUUUGUAAAAAAAAUUAAUAAAUUAAAACAAAAAAAAAAAGGAUCAGCGCCUGAACGAAUAAAGUCAUAUUAAAAAGAA